AUGAGCUUUUUGCCCGGCAAGCACGCUAAUUCGCAGCCCCCAGUCCCUCAUCGAAAAGUACAGCCGCUCCAAGACCCUAUAUGUUCUUCGAGCAGUCGAUCAAUACCUUCCGAAGCAUGUGGAAGCUCUAGUCCUGCCGUUAAGAAGCUGCCCCAGGAUAAUAUACCUACCACUUCAAGUUCUUAUCACGCUUCGACAAUGACACCAGCUGAGGAUACUACAGAGGAGACAUCCCUACUAGAUGGAUACGUCAACGCAGAGCAAUGGACCAAGGGGGUCGAUCGGGAGACUGCCAUUCCACAAAGCCAGAUUUCCGGAUUUGAUCUGGACUUGUCAAAUUUGGACCAGGCUGACGAGGGCACAUUUGUUCCCCAUCCGGAAAAUAGCUCUAUCGAAGGUAAGAAGAGUAAUCUGACCUACAGUGGGGUAUCAAUUGGAGGCAGCGGAGGGGGAGAAUGGAGUAGCGGUCGUCUAGGAAAUAUGCUUGGAGGCUUCAACAGACGAAAUGCCUCCGUUCACAAGAAAAAGAUGAGCACAACAAGCUAUUUAGCUGAGCGACAUGGUAUCGCAAAUACUAAGUCCAUGUAUAUGAAUUACUAUAUUCCUUUCUUGGCUUGGAUUCAACAGUACCGCUGGGCUUACAUCAAGGGCGACCUAAUCUCUGCUUCAACUAUGGCAUCUUUUUAUUUACCAAUGUCUCUCUCCUACGCGUCCAACCUGGCUCAUAUUCCGCCUAUCAAUGGCCUAUACUCUUUCGUAUUCAAUCCAUUAAUUUAUGCCAUUUUUGGCAGUUGCCCUACAAUGAUUCUCGGACCAGAAGCACCCGGAAGCUUAUUGGUUGGGAAUAUCGUACGGUCAAGCAUAGACAGUGGCGCGAUAUCGGACGAAGAUCUAGCCAAGCACGCGGAAGUCGCUGGAGUUCUAGUCGGAAUUACUGGCGCAAUAGUAUUAAUAGCUGGACUAGCUCGCCUUGGGUUUCUUGAUAGCGUGUUGAGCAAGCCAUUCCUUCGGGGUUUUAUAUCUGCGAUCGGCUUUGUCAUUGGUGUCGAUCAGUUGAUCCCUGAGAUGGGUCUUGCAGACUUAGCUGAAGAAACGGGUAAUGUCAGUCACGGUAGCAGUACAGAAAAGUUGAUGUUUCUUAUUAAGCACGCAAAUAAAGCUUCUGGCAUUACCUGUGCCGUUGCUGGGGUCAGCUUCUUAAUAAUUAUGUUUGGGAGGUCUCUCAAGCUCAACUUACAACCACGCUACCCUUCCGUAGCAUACAUACCUGACCGUUUUAUCGUGGUCACUUUGGCGACUUAUUUUACAUGGCUAUUCCAGUGGGACCAGAAGGGCCUAGAGAUACUCGGUAAUGUUAAUUCAACAUCGGCUCGCAUCUUUCAGUUUACCUGGCCCUUCCAGUUGUCAUAUAUGAGACAAAUCCGGGAGUCAAUGGGUACUUCUUUUCUAAUUGCGCUUCUUGGAUUUUUUGAGUCAACUAUAGCAGCCAAGAGUUUAGACAUGCGCGAUAAAGAUGGGAUUCAAGGCAUGGUUCUUAGUCCCAACAGAGAACUAGUAGCCUUGGGUCUUAGUAACCUAACAGCGGGCUGCUUUGGCGCUUUACCAGCUUUUGGCGGAUAUGGUAGAAGCAAGGUAAACGUUAGUACAGGUGGAAAAACCCCAAUGAGCAGUGUAUUCUUGAGUUUGAUAACACUGAUAUCGGUAGUGUAUCUUCUACCCUUGUUUUAUUACAUACCUAAAGCGGUUCUCUCAUCGAUGAUUACUGUUGUCGCAUGGUCCCUCAUUGAAGAAGCGCCUCAUGACAUCAUGUUCUUCUUGAGGAUCAAAGGUUAUUCUGAGCUUGUACUAAUGGGGAUCAUCUUCGGGGCUACUAUAUUUUACUCGAUUACAUUGGGUGUUACGAUUGGAAUAGGCUUAUCCAUUCUAUCAGUCAUUAAACAUAGCACACGGUCUCGCAUACAGAUCCUCGGUCGUAUCCCUGGCACGAAUCGAUUUGAGAAUGCCGAAGACAACCUCGAUAAGCUUGAAUUCUUUGAGGGUUGUCUGAUCGUCAAGAUACCAGAGCCGCUAACCUUUGCUAACACAGGCCAAUUGAAAAGCCGCCUGGGCCGUCUUGAGCUUUAUGGCACCACACAAGCGCAUCCGGCACUUCCGCGCGUCCGUGCUCCUGAGCACAACAAGAACAUCAUCUUUGAUAUUCAUGGUGUGACAAGUCUGGAUGGGUCAGGAACACAGGUGCUGGCUGAGAUUGUCAAAGGGUAUCGAGAUCGGGGUGUGCGCGUCUUCUUCAGCCGCUGCCCGACUGAAGGUACGCUCGUAUCUGAUUUAUUCCGUCGGAGUGGUAUAUACAAUAUGUGCGGGGGUUCAACACAUUUUGUAUCGGAUGUAGGUGAAGCAGUUCGCCUGACCGAAAUGGAAGAUAUAGAUCAGAUGGAUCAAUCGUGCUGA